UCAAGAGCACAGAGCUGGCACAGGACGCAGCUUGUGGGGAACGUGUGCUUUUUAUAAACCUUACUUUUUUAGUUUUACUUCUGGUGGUGGUUCUUAUUUAAGUGCUGCGGCUUAUUUUUGUUAUUCUGGUCUAAAUAUCCCAAGGACCUGCAAAGACCGGCAACUAAAUACUCAUUAGAAGUUUCUAACACACACACACACACACAGAUGAGGCAUUGAUUACUGAUGUUUGAAGGGGGAAACAUUGGAAUAUAUUUAUGGAAACAUACAAAACACGAAAACAUCGCUUCCUUAUUGUAUGUUUAAGUGUUGGGUAAACGAUUACAGACAUCGUUCCACAGCCUAAGAUUCAAGCAUGAAUAUAUCACAGUUUCUCAAGACCCACCGAUAGGAAUGUAUUAGCUGAAAAGACGUUCUGUUGUGGAUUUCAGUGGGGUAAACAAACAUUUUUAAUUUUUUUUUUUUUUUUUUUUUGCAUUCUGCUUUUAACACAUAAAAACAAUGGAUGAAGACGGAAAGUCGGAGAAUUGUUCGCAAACUGCAAAGGAUUUAGAUCGCCAGCUGCGUUUGAGACUAUGCGUUUUAAAUGAGAUUUUGAACACCGAGAGGGACUAUGUGCGGACUAUGCUUUUCCUGCAGUCAGCCUUUCUCUGUAGGAUUCGCCAGACUCCAGCUGACCAGCAAUGUAUCUCUGAGGAAAAUGUCAAGAUUCUGUUUUCCAACAUUGAAAACAUUCUUGAAGUUCACAAGGAGUUCUUGGCAGCCCUGGAGUCUUGUUUACAGCCAGAGCCUCAUCCUCAGCACAUACUUGGUCAUGUUUUCCUACAGUUCAAAGACAGAUUCUGUGUUUAUGAAGAGUACUGCAGUAACCACGAAAAGGCUCUGAGGCUUCUAAUGGAACUCAACAAAAUGCCUACUGUGAGGACCUUCCUUUUGCAUUGCAUGCUGUUGGGAGGGAAAAAGACAACUGACGUCCCACUGGAGGGUCAUCUUCUGUCACCGAUCCAGAGAAUCUGCAAAUACCCCCUCCUGCUCAAGGAGUUGCUGAAAAGGACCCCCAAAAAGCAUGCUGAUUGUCCCGCAGUGGAGCAAGCACUUCAAGCCAUGAAGACGGUGUGCUCUAACAUCAACGAGACCAAGAGACAGAUGGAAAAGCUGGAGGCCUUGGAACAGCUCCAGUCACACAUUGAAGGAUGGGAGGGUACCAAUCUGACUGAUAUUUGCACAGAGCCCUUACUCCAUGGUACUUUACUGAAGAUUUCUGCAGGAAACAUUCAAGAGAGAGUAUUCUUCCUGUUUGACAAUCUCCUAGUCUACUGUAAACGGAAAUCAAGAGUUGCAGGGAAGAAAUCAAUUAAAAGGACAAAGUCGAUGAAUGGACCUCUCUAUUUGUUCAGAGGGAGAAUAAACACAGAGGUGAUGGAGGUGGAGAAUGUGGAAGAUGGGACAGCGGAUUACCAUAGCAAUGGCUACACAGUGACAAAUGGCUGGAAGAUCCACAACACAGCAAAAAACAAAUGGUUUGUCUGCAUGGCCAAAAACCCUGAGGACAAGCAGAAGUGGCUGGACGCCAUUCUAAAGGAGAGGGAGCAGAGAGAGAGUUUGAAGCUGGGUAUGGAGCGCGAUGCUUACGUCAUGAUUGCAGAAAAAGGCGAGAAGCUGUAUCACAUGAUAAUGAGUAAAAGCAGACACCUGAUCAAGGACAGGCGAAGAAAACUCAGCAUUGUCCAGAAGUGCUUCCUUGGAAAUGAGUUUGUGUCCUGGCUGAUUGAGACGGGAGAGAUCAGUAAACCAGAUGAGGGCGUCAAUCUGGGACAGGCCUUGCUGGAGAAUGGCAUCAUCCAUCACGUGUCUGACAAACAUCAAUUUAAGAAUGAGCAGGUGCUAUAUCGUUUUCGAUAUGAUGAUGGAACCUACAAGGCAAGAAGUGAGAUGGAGGACAUCAUGUCAAAGGGUGUAAGACUCUACUGUCGACUUCACAGCUUGUUCACCCCUGUAAUAAAGGACAGAGACUACCAUUUGAAGACAUUUAAAUCUGUGAUCCCAGCUAGCAAACUGGUUGACUGGCUGAUAGCUCGGGGAGACUGCUCCAGCAGGGAAGAGGCAGUCACACUUGGGGUUGGACUCUGCAAUAAUGGCUUCAUACAUCACGUGCUGGAGAAAAGUGAAUUCAAAGAUGAAUCCCAAUUUUUCCGCUUUUAUGCCGAUGAAGAAAUGGAAGGGAUCAGUUCCAAAAACAAACAGCUGCGCAACGACUUCAAACUUAUUGAAAACAUCUUGGCCAAGUCUUUGCUGAUCCACCCCCAGGAGGAGGAUUAUGGCUUUGAGAUCGAAGAGAAAAACAAAGCGAUCGUGGUGAAGGCCGUGCACAGAGGAUCCCAUGCGGAGAUGGCAGGCCUUCAGGUAGGCAGGAAGAUUUACACCAUUAAUGAAGACUUGGUUUUCCUGCGCCCCUUUCAGGAAGUAGAGACCAUGAUCAACCAGUCGUUCUGCAUAAGAAGGUCACUGAGGUUGCUGGUUGCCACAAAGGCGAAAGAGAUUGUCAAAAUCCCAGACUGCCCAGGAGCCCUUUCCUUCAAGAUUAGUGGAGCUGCACCUCCCCAUGUGCAUGCUGUAAGAAGAGGUUCCGAGGCAGCAGCAGCAGGUCUGCAGCCAGGCCAGUGCAUUCUGAAAGUGAACGGUAACAAUGUUAACAAUGAGAGUUUCAAUGAAGUCCUAGAUCAUUUCUCAGCCUACCGGUCAAGCCAGGAGCAGCAGGAGCUGGGGAAGACACAGUGGGUAUACAGGACGUUCGAAGAUGCAGAGGAGGAGAAAGCCUUGCGGUCCAGCAUGACAGAGGAUGAUGAUAUUAAUGACGCCAAGCAGGGUGCAAACCCGCUGGAGAGCAUCAGUAAGUUAAUUAUCUCGGAUGGGACUCCGCUUGUCAGCCUGAUGGUAGAUAAUGUCCACCUGGAGCAUGGCGUGGUCUAUGAGUACGUCAGCACUGCUGGCAUCAAGAGCCAUGUCUUGGAGAAAAUGGUGGCGCCCAAGGGCUGCUUUAGCUUGACUGCAAAGAUUUUGAAGGCCUUUGCAAAAGACGACAGUCUCUUUGUGGAGAACUGCCGUCGCCUGACCUCCUUGAGAAGCACGCUGAUGUCCAUGCCCCAGUACGAGUUCAGGGAUAUCUGCGACACCAAGCUCGAGAGCAUCAGCAAGCGAAUCUCCAGCUACCAACAGUUUGCAGAAGAGCUGCAGGAUAAGGCUUGCCCCUCCUUCAAACAAGCGACGACAGAGCCUCACCCCCUUGGAAGCCUGGAUUUCUGCCCGACAAACUGCCACGUGAACCUCAUGCAGGUGUCCUACCCUAAAAGCACGACAUCAGCAGGCAGGACCUUCAGUAUCCGAUUUGGGCGUAAAAAUUCCUUUUUUGGGUUGGAUCCAGACCAAGCUAACCUGAACCCGAUGUCGCACACUCAACACUGCAUCACUAGCAUGGCGGCCCCGUCGUGGAAGUGUCAGCCGCAGGAGAAUGAGUCCCACGGGGAGCAGGAGGGGAGCCUGCUGGACCUCAGCCUCAAUGGGGGGGUGAACAUGGACGAGGGGGGGCUGAGCUUCCUCCUCAAGCAGGAGGACAUGGAGACGCAAGACGCCUACAUCCAGCUCUUCAACAGGAUAGACAUUGCAGUCAAGGAGAUGAAGCAAUAUGUGGCUCAGAUAGAUGUGCUCCUCUCGUCUAUAACGGAGCCCACCCAGUCUGAAGAGUGCGAGCCCCCUUCCUCAGAAGAGACCCCUCCCCAGUCGCUGGUGUCGGAGGAGGGUGAGAUUGACAAGACGGAGCACUGUGGUAUCAAAAAGGUCUGCUUCAAAGUGUCAGAGGAUGACCAGGAAGACUCAGGACAUGACACCAUGAGUUACAGGGACUCCUAUAGCGAAUGCAAUAGUAACCGAGACUCGGUCCUGUCCUACACCAGUGCCCGGAGUAACAGCUCCUACCUGGGCAGUGAUGAAAUGGGAUCGGGGGAUGAGCUGCCUUGUGAUAUGAGAAUACCUUCUGACAAGCAGGACAAGUUGCAUGGCUGUUUGGAGCACCUGUUUAACCAGGUAGAUUCCAUUAACUCUCUUCUCAAAGGAGCUGUCAUGACCAAGGCUUUUGAGGAAACCAAGCACUUCCCAAUGGACUACAGUUUGCAAGAAUUCCGUCACACCGAGGACUGGACGAUGCACUGCCGUGGUAUGAUCCACAAGAACAUUCAGGAGGACCCGUGGAACCUGCCCAGCUCCAUCAAGACACUGGUGGAGAGUUUGCAAAGGUUUGUGGAAGAUGGAAAGAAUCAGUUGCUUCUGGCUCUAUUGAAAUGCACAGACACAGACCUGCAGCUGCGUCGGGACGGGAUUUUUUGCCAGAGUCUGGUGGGUGCAGUCUGCACCCUGUCUGAACAGCUGCUCACCGCACUCAACUUUCGCUACAACAACAGUGGGGAGUACGAGGAGGAGAGCAAGGAGGUCAGCAUGAAGUGGCUGGAGCAGAUCGCUGCCAUCGGAGUGCUCCUGAACUUCCAGUCCAUGCUGUCCCCUCAUGUGAAGGAAGAGCGCACCAUGCUUGAAGAUACCAAGAUUGCCCUGCUGGACUUGGAUAAAGUCACUGUUUACUUCCGACAACUUGAAGACGAAUGCCUUGUUGCAAACACAUCUAUCUAUUAUCAUGUGGAAGGAAGCAGACAGUCUUUGAAAAUCACACUGUAUCUUGACAGCUGCCAUUUCUCAGAGCUGCCCACCAAGUUUAAGAACGGAGGCAGCUUGAAACUGCACACUGUACUGUUUACAAGAGCACUGGAAAAACAAGAGAGCCCAGUUUACCAAGACAGCGUCGCUUUGGAAGAGUUUGAGCAGCAGAUCAACACAGUCUCCCUGGAGAAGGUCAAAUCUUACUAUCGGAAACUUAGGGCAUUUUACUUGGAGAGAUCCAACUUGCCUACAGACUCUAACAAAACUGUCCUGAAAAUAGACCAGCUUCUCCGCCCACUGAAUGCAUUGGAUGAUCUGUGCAGACUGAUGCAGUCCUUGGUGAUCACAAAGCCAGGGUCUUCAGGAAACUCCAGCAGCCAUCCAUCUGGAGCCAGUCUGCUCCCUGUUUCUUCAGAGUUCUGCAACCGGCUGGGCGCCUGUCACAUUGCCAUGUGUGCCACCGGAAUGCAGAGGUGCACCCUAAGUACGUCCCUGGAACAAGCAAUCAUAUUGGCACGAAAUCAUGGGCUGUUACCUCGGUGUAUAAUGCAAGCAACAGAUAUCAUGAGGAAGCAGGGGACAAGAGUUGAAAUAUCUGCAAAGAAUUUAAAGGUGAUGGAUCAAAUGCCACCCACUGCACCACGACUUUUCAAGUUGUGCCUGCCACCCACAGAUGGGGAUCUAUGAGGACCCUAAAUGUUUAGGUGAAGUGACAACACUGCCAACCAUUUAAUGGUAAUCAUGGGACAGACAAUUUUGGCAUAAGGACUUUGAAGAAAGAAGUGGAUUAUCUUUUAAAAUGAGCACCUUUGCACACAAUGCAACAUAGUGAUUGAUUUCAACCACUGUACAUGGUGAGAGCUAUCUACAGGCAGUUUGCUGUAGCAGCAAACCACCAUCCACCAACUGUUUACUUCCAUGGGAACAUUCUGAAGGCAAGCAAAAGCUGCAGAGUUUUUAGAGGGAAACAAAUACAUUGUUCUCUUACCUCGAAUGCCUUGGUUCUGCUAGAGCAUCAUUUUGCUGGUUUAGAAAAUGACACAUGUUAUGUAUUUAGUUGGAUUUAGCAUUAACUUGCCUUCAACCACAAUGCCUCUGUCCUGCAGAAAUAAUCAUUUUUUGCAUGCAGGUACAAGAAUUAUAACUGGAAAAUGCGAAGAAACAAAAGCAUCAAUUUGAUGAUCCUGAAAUAUAGGAACAACGUGACCUGACGCGUUUACAUUGUAAUCGAACAUUGCAUUGCAUUGCUAUUUACUGAUUCUGUUUGGGGCAUACCGCAGAUAUAUAACGUGCCAAGCAUGACUCAGUCUGCACUAGCUGUAAAUAUUUUAGUCUACUUACUUUGAAGUAUUCUUAUGUAUUUAAUGUAGAUUAAUAUAACUUGCUAGGCACAUUAUUAUUAUUAUUAUUAUUAUUAUUAUUAUUAUUAUUAUUAGUUGUAGUAGUAUUUCAGUAGGUUCAAUGAAAGAAAUAACCAGUAUAUAACAUUCCAAACUAUUUCCAAGUUUUUAUUUUUGAAAUUUUACAUUGUGGAGCAGUGAUGGUGCUUGGAAGUUGCAGUUGGUUUGUUAAAAGGAAAUUCGUCAAGGCAGCCGGGAAUUGUUACCAUGAUGCAAUAUCAUUUCCUUACUGCUUAUUAACAGCUAGCUUUCAUCCAUCUUCAGGGAUCUAAGCAGCGUUGUGAGCACUUGUCCUCUUCGACUAGCUAAUCUGUUGGAGACAACCAUUUUUAAGGGUUCUUUUUUUUAAUUUUGAUUACAGUUUUGUUUUUAAUUACGAGCCCAUAUAAUAGAUUACAAAUCAAGCAGAUUUUCAGGGAAGACAUGAAGUUAAAAGAACUCGUGGUCUUUACUGUAUUUUAAAUGUUUAUUUAUGUACAUUUUUAUCAUUAAAGAGAUUUUAUUUGUGUCAGUGGGACCAACAUAUAGAAUUAAUAUAUGCUUUCAAAGCAAAGGAAGGCAUCUAUAUAAGUUAAGAAGCAUUUCUUUUAACAAUAAAGGUAUGGCGUAUUUAAAGCAUUUGUGAUACAUUUAUAAUAAUGUUGUACAUUUGAACUGUUAUAAUCGCAAGGUGAAAUGAAUAGUUUAUUCAGGUACAUUCUAUAUAUGCUCUUCUGUGUUUAUUUAAGUGGCUGAAAGAAUGAUGGUUGCUGUUUAAGUUAUCCCCUGUCACUAAUAAAAGAUCAUACAACUCGCAGGGCGACUCAGGAGUUAGUGCAGGAGAUAUGUGUUUACACAAUUGGUUACUUUCAAAACAAAAUAAACUGUGGAAUAUCAGUAAAUUUCUUGGGCACCAUUUUGACUCUGUCUGAGAUGUGAACAUCAGUGGUCACAAUUCCAACCUAGUGUAGGUGGAAUGAAUUUAAAAAACAAUCAAGCAUAGAGCACAGUGUAAUACCCGUCUGGGAUGCCUGCUGAUUCAGUCUGAUAUCAGCUAGAAAAUGGGAGCAAUCCAGAGGCUGUAGGAAUGAUUGUGAUUCGGGUUAUAAACAUCUACCAUAAGGGUGGGUGAACAGUCUCUUGACAACAUUUAACCUCUUAAAAAAAAAAAGAAUGGAGCCUGAAAAUGCAUUAAAGCCAUACCGUGCUAAAUGAGUGCAGUUACAGGAGUAGAUGUUCAGAUGUGUGUUACUUCAUCAUUGUGUGUACUGUUAAUGGGCAUUAUUACCAUCUAGUUAUUUAAAAAUAUCGACAUUAUUCCAUGUACCUCCCUGCCUUAUUACAUUUAGGCUUAUAUGGGAUUAUUACAUAACUGUGUACCAAUUUUUAAACAAGGCCAUUUUCUAUUUAGUGUAUGCAGGGUUUUUUUGUUGUUGUUUUGUUUUGUUCCUUUAUGAACUUCACCAAAUGUAAGGUAAUUUUAACAUAAUUCCUGUUUUACACGAGUAUUAGAAACUAUAGAAACUUGAGAAUUCAAACAACAUAUUUGUUUUAUUGUAUAGUUGUUUUUAAUAGCGUCAUUAUUUGUCUCACCAGCUUGUGGGCUUAGAUUUAAUUGCACAUUUAAAAAUACAAAUUGUGUUGGAGGGGUUUUAACCCCUAAAUAAAGUAGUUUCAUUCUAAACCAAGAUUAUCUACAUACAUCAUUCAAAAAUAGCCAAGAAUCUGUAUGAUCUAUUACUGAAAUACAUCCCAAGCUCUCUUUCUGAUUUUUCUUUUAAUAGCUAGUAAUGUUGAAGUUAGCAAUACUAAAAGAACCUUACAUUGAAUAAAUGAGCAGUAUUCUUUCUAAAAAGGGCAACUGAAAAGAGCAGUCAAGAACAUUUGUAGAGCAGUGGAGAUAUGACAUUGCAGUAAUUGGACAAAUCCAUUAAGCUCCAUUCAGUAUCCUAUUCACAGAACGUGCACAUCAUUAGACAUUGUGUUGCACAAGAAAGUAUGCCUCUUUGAUAAUGUUUGCUACUUGGCAAUGACAGAUGGUGAAGAGUUAAUAUUUACCUGGUGCCCGUUUCUCUCUUUUCUGCUAAAUGAUAAUUUCUGCUAUAUUACCGCCAUAUGUUUUUUUUCUUUAUUAAAAUGUAUUGCAAUUUCUAGGAAUUGGUUUGAUAUUAUAUGCACACUACCAAUAUUGCAAAGUUUGUAAAUAGUACUACAAAGGUCAAUUAUUGAUCAUGAGCUUGGAUAUUUAAUGGUUACUAUAAUAUAAAUAAGGUGAUGUUAUUGCUUUUGAUAGAAGUUUGAAAGCUAACAUGUAAUGUAUGACAAUCAUGUUGUUUCACUGUUGUUUGGUAUACAGAAAAAAACAAAACCUUGUUCAAAUUGAAUUCCUCUUUCUUCCAGUGCAGAACCCAACUACAAAGCAGAAGAGACACAAUUACUUUUCUUUAUUAACAUUUUUUUGCUAGAUAGUUCGUCACUGCACAAUAACACACAUGUUAAGGCAAGCACUGUCACUUGCAGUAGUUGAACGAGAUCACUAUUUAAAAGUCACAGGUUUCUGGUUUAAUCUAAUGAAAGCCAGGAUAUGUCUGUUAGAUAUAAUGGGUUUGCACUGCUGGUUUAUUAGAGAAGAUUAGAGCACAUAAAUGUUUUCAUCUUGGGUGCUUUUCUGAAAAUGACCUGGAGGAAGAGGGAAAUAUACAUUAACUUGAGGGAAACAAGUCAUUCAGUAGAUUUGUGAACCAUUCAAAUGAAUGAAGCGCAUUGCCAGUGUUGUGCAGUAUUGAUCAGCGGUGCAGAUAUUCUGUUGAUAUCUAGUCUUUACAUUCAGAAAAUAAUGUUGGCUUUGUUUUGGACAUUGAAACUGCAGAUGAUUUCUUAACACAGAUCAGCAUACGAUGUGGUUCACCAACAUUUCUAGAUAGGAUUGUUGUAAGCAUUUUAAAAAUGAAUUUAAUCAAAUACAAAUGGAUGUUUGCUGUUAAUUCAGUGUCAAAAACCCAAAUUACUAGUUUACUUCUAGUACUUGUAAGACAUGUAAUACAAUGGGUCCACCAAAACAAUCCCACUGCAACUUAUGGAUCUAUAGCCAUGUCAUUAAAACAUGAAUGUAUGUAAAAAUACAAUGGAAAUUCAUUGUUAGCAGGGCAGAACUGCCAUGCUGUAAAUCAAGGUGUAGACAACCCUACCAAAUGUUAUAACACUGUAUAUUGCUUUGACCUGUUUCUCAUAAGUGUUAUGCUUACAACAACACAUUUCAUAAUACAGUUAUAGAUUCCAUAUUAAUUGUUCAUAACAGACCCUUAAACUGAAGUGGUAACCUAUAUGUGAUACAUUUUGAGUUGUCACUAGAUGUGUACUAUAAUACUUCAACAGUACAGUAUGGGAAAGUUGGGACUGUGUAAAUAAAUACGCCCUUAAUUUAAUUUAAAUACCCCUUUUUUACUGUCCGUUAUGUAGGGAAAAAUGACAGACAAAUUGGUUUUUGGUCAAAAACACUUUAUAUGAAAGAUAGGCAUACCCCAAUACAAUCAUACAGACAUUGCUAAUAGAAGUCUGGUUUUAC